AUGCGUACACUAUCAAAAACAAUGUUUAAAACACUGGGAUUACUAGCGAUGGCAUCACUGAUGAGUGUCUGUGUCUAUAGCGAGACAUUAAAUGCCGAUGCGAUGGAUGUGUUGAAAAAAGUAGGCGAAACUCUUUGCGGUGAUUUGCCCGCAGAUCAGGUCACUAUUAUUAAGGAGUGCGACGGCAGUCUGUCCGGCAUGUUUAAAAUGUCAUUUGGCUCGUGUCUGACCCAAGCCAUGGAUAUCAAAGUGAUGGAAAAGCCCUUUCCAUGCUAUUGGAAUAUGCCUGGAAAUGAUAAGCUUAAGGAAUGUCUGGAAAAACGGCGAGAAAUGGCUGUUAAGAUGAAUAUAGAUGUCGAGGCCAUGAGAGCCAAAAUGUUGAAUCCCUACUCAAAUUUUUUAAAGCACCGGAAGAAUUGCUCAAAUAUCAAAUGCGAUGAUCUGGAAGAGGAGAUCCGACCCGAAGAUGAUUAUAACCAUGAAUACAAUUAUACACCCGUUGAACACCAAACCAUCCAAGACUUCAAGCAGCAACGGCUGUCGGCGUGGCUACCAUUUUACAACGGGGUGAUAGUGUUUCCCACAUUUUUCCUGCUAUCUCUUUGCACCAUAACUCUGGGCGUGUGUCAGCUAUACAUCUCGGCACAGGUGCAGGAGCUCGAGAUCUACUACACCGACUGCUACCCGACCGCCAUCGGCAACAAGACCUGCGCCCAGACGCUGGCCGACAACCCGAGCUCUACCGGCUGUACGUGUUUAAUACCGUUCGCGUUGUCGGUGCCGUUCGCGGCCAACGUCUAUGUCUACUAUGCGCUCAAUAACUACUAUCAAAGUCUACAGAAUUAUAUCUACAGCGAAAAUCCGGAUCAACUAAACGGUGAUCUCACACCACAAUACCUGUGCAACAGUGAGACCGCUUCCCUUUACAACGCCUUCUCGUACAAAGCGAUCGAUGGCCAGGAGGUGCCGAUCGUGCCGUGCGGUGCCAUCGGUAACAGUCUAUUCAACGAUACCAUUGAUAUAUUAGACGCCGGCAGCGGUGGACUACCUGUUCCUCUCCUAUACACCGGCAUUAGUUGGCCCACCGAUCAGCAGAAGUUUAAUAAUCCACCAGGUUUACCCCUAAACAUUGCGUACGAGAACUACACAAACCCUCCGUUUUGGGGCAGUAAAAACAUCUGGCAAUUGGAUCCAAACAAUCCGGACAACAAUGGCUUAAAAAACGAGGCACUGAUUGUGUGGUACCGGACGGCAGCCUUUCCACACUUUCGCAAACUGUACGCCAGAGUCGACCACAAAAACUCAACCCUUUAUUACAAUUCACUGCCCGAAGGAAAUUAUAUACUUAAAAUAGGCUACAAUUACCCAGUAACUUCGUUCAAAGGCGUUAAAAGUAUUGUCAUAAGCAAUACCUCAUGGAUUGGCGGCAAAAACUCAUUCCUCGGCUUCGCAUACAUAGUAUUCGGGUCGACGGGAACAAUUGGCGUUAACCAUAAGUACUCCAUAUUUUAUGGGCCAGACAUUGACUACAAGAGCUGUUUUGCAAUGUUUAAAUUACCGACAAAAUUAUACGCAACGCUAAUCACAAUCGGUGUGAUUAUCGGCACAUUUGCGGUGAUGUUUGUCUCGUUUAAAAUCUUAAGCAACACUUAUGGCCAACACCUCAACGAUGACACUAUGGAUACGUUGGUUGAGGUGUUGAUAGUCGUGUGUAAUCCCGACAACACUCUGUCCGCCGAUCAUAACAAGACUGUUGGUCAGUGCGAGGCUCUGGUGCCCGGAGUGUUUCGGCAAAUAUACAACAGUUGUGUCCGCGAAGCCAUGAAUAUCACAGAAAUCACUCAACCAUUUAUUUGCUACCGUUUUCUUAAGGGCAGCGAUCGGUUAACUGAAUGUAUGUUGAGAUGGGAAAGGAGAGGAUCUAUGAUUGGACUGGAAGUGCCCCGCAUUAGGGAUAGGAUUUUAAAUAAAUACUCGGAAUGCAUGAAACCAGUGGUUCCCGUGGAUGAGGAGACAGAUGCAGAUUAUUAGAUAUUGUUAUAUUGUUUAUAAU